CCAAAAUGACCACUUGUUGCCUUGGAAACGCUGAGGCAAAACAUAAACAAAAGAUGAUGGACUGGGCCGAGGAACUCAAGAUGACCAUAAGAAAGACGACGGCCCGGAAGGGUCGGCGCUCCAAGAGUCGCGAUGUCUUAAAGGAGGAGACCUCGCAGGCGGCUCCUGCAGGCUCCAAGGAUAUCUCCAUCGACAUCACCCUGAACGUCCAGGCAGGAUCGCCACCCACCACUUCGGAUACGGCCACCUCGUCCACCUACAACAAUGAGUUCGAGUCGCAUCGUCCACCCAUUCGUAGAAUUUCGGGAGGCUGGGCGGAUUCUGGUCUAAAGGGAUUAAAGUCCAAGAAGAACUCAUUUGACGACGAACGUUUUAGGCAGACCAAGUCGGCUACAAAUUCUAUACCGACGGAUGACAUUCCCGUCAUCCCAGAUAUGGAUGAUGUCAAGGAUGAAAUUAUGCUCAAUGAGAUUGUGGAACCGCCUACCAUGGGCACUUCUCGUUCUGCUGUCUUGAAGGAGGCCAAUUCCGAUUUGCUUUCCCAGUACGCCUUUUCCGCAGUGGAUGGCUUCGAUCUCUCAAUUCUAACCGAUUGCCUGGUUCCGCAGGAGAGUCUCAAUGAGAAGGACGAUCUCUGGCAGUGGGACAAACUCUUUACCGAGGUCACGGCUGAAAUCCAUUCGGAUAAGGUGCCGAAUAUAGGCAUGAAGAUAGGCCCCGAUGUCGUUCCGCCCACACAAUAUUCUUAGGAGAUUUUACCAUACAAUUUUCAGUGCAAUACAAAUAC